GCAGCAUGGAGGCUGGGCACAGAGCCGCCCGAAAAGGCCGGAAACUGGGCUCCAGCCGGCGGCGGCAGACACGGGAGCCCGCUGCUGGCCAGGAUGGCCCUGUGGCUCCAGAGUCCUGGCCCUCCCAGGCAGCGGAGGAGCUGCAGGGCUUCUUCCAGGCCUGUGGUGCCGCGGAGAGGGGCUUUGUCACCCGCGAGGACCUGGCGGUGGCCAAGUUCAGCUUCCUGGGCAGCGAGGAGGAGCCGGAGAUGAUCUUUGACUGGGUGGAUGUGGAGCGGAAGGGACACCUCUCCCUGGAAGAGUUCAGCUCUGGGCUGAAGAGUAUCUUUGGCUCCAGCCCGAGCAGCCAGAGGGUCCGCGGAAGGAGGCCACUGUCGUCCAAGCGCGGGUCCGCGGCCACCAGCUUCCCCGUGCUGGAGGAGGCGGACGCGGAGGAGAAGGAGGCGUUUCUCGCCUUCAUGGAGCAGCUGGGGGGUGACCACUCACUUCCUGAGCAGGAGAUCUGGCAGCUGUGGGGGAAGCUGAGGCAGGAGGAGCCCCAGCUGGCGGGCAACCUGGAGGGCUUCCUGGCGCAGAUGACCAGCCGCCUGCAGGAGGCACGGGCUGACAAGGAGGCUCUGGAGCUGACCCUGAGGAAGCGGGACUCUGACCACCAACGCGAGGUCCAGCAGCUGUACGAGGAGAUGGAGCAGCAGAUCGGCCGGCAGAAGCAGCAGCUGCAGGCCAAGAGUGACUCCCGGGACCUGGCCCUCAGCUCGCAGAUGCAGGAGGUCCUGGAGGCCAAGGAGCGCGAGGUGCAGCAGCUGGCCGAGGGCCAGAGGGAGCUGGAGGCCGAGCUCCAGCGCCUCAGCAGCGCACACCGGGAGGCCGGCUCCGAGAAGCUGCAGCUUCGGGAGGCCCAGCGGGACCUGGCUGGGCGGCUGGAGCAGGUGCAGGAGCAGCUGCAGAUGACCCAGGGGCACCUGAACUUCGCCAGGAGCCGCGUGUCCUGGCAGGUGGAGAAGGAGCCGAGUGUCCCCAGAGCAGGUGAGGACGAGGCUCCCGACCCUCAGGCGGUCUCCUCUGAGGAGGCGCCCCUGCCGGGACUGUUCGAGGACAAUGAUGACUGGGACCGGCUCCUGAACAGCUUCAACAGCCCCUGGCACAGAACCCCACAGCUCCUGUGGAGCCCGCCCGCGACCCCCACAUCCCCCUCAGCCCCCCAGACACCCCGAGUGGUCAGGCAGAUCUCCAUCUCAGAGCAGCACGAUCUGCUAUUUGGUCGGGAGCCAUCUUCAGAUUCCAAUGGGGCCCCAAGGAGCCCCCCUGGGGUGACAACCAGGCCCGAGGAAGGGAGAGCAGUGGACCCAGGUGGGCAGGACCUCAGUGCAACGCGGCCCGUGGAGCGUCGCGGCGCGCACCCUCAGGAAGGGCCCGGGCCUGGCCCUGAGACCCACUUCUUUGGGGAGUCAUUUCUCCCCGCGGCUCCAGCUGGGGAGUCAGGGGGCCUGGUGGCAGCUGCACUCGAAGUGCUUGUUCCUCUGGGGGCUGGCCCCCCUCCCCAGGGGACUUCUCCCCCGGCCCAGUCCCCAGCGGGGCCCAGCACACACUUCCAGACCUCAGACCCAGAUGAUAGGGACUCCUGGGCGGGGCCUGUCCCAGCCAAGCCACCCAGGCAGAGGGAGGCCCUCCACCAGGGCCCUCAUACUGCGGGCUCCGCACCCCGACUGGAGCCCAGAGGAGCCCGAGUCCUCCCGGCAGGGCUGGCUGAGCUCUCAGAGGGUCUGGAGGGUGUGGCUGAGGCUCCCCUGGCUGAGCCCCCAGAGGGUCUGGAGGGUGUAGGUCAGGCUGAGGCUCCCCUGGCUGAGCCCUCAGAGGGUCUGGAGGGUGUGGCUGAGGCUCCCCUGGCUGAGCCCCCCGAGGGUCUGGAGGGUGUGGGUCAGGCUCUCCUGGCUGAGCCCCCAGAGGGUCUGGAGGGUGUAGGUCAGGCUGAGGCUCCCCUGGCUGAGCCCUCAGAGGGUCUGGAGGGUGUGGCUGAGGCUCCCCUGGCUGAGCCCCCCGAGGGUCUGGAGGGUGUGGGUCAGGCUCUCCUGGCUGAGCCCCCAGAGGGUCUGGAGGGUGUAGGUCAGGCUGAGGCUCCCCUGGCUGAGCCCUCAGAGGGUCUGGAGGGUGUGGCUGAGGCUCCCCUGGCUGAGCCCCCCGAGGGUCUGGAGGGUGUGGGUCAGGCUCUCCUGGCUGAGCCCCCAGAGGGUCUGGAGGGUGUAGGUCAGGCUGAGGCUCCCCUGGCUGAGCCCUCAGAGGGUCUGGAGGGUGUGGCUGAGGCUCCCCUGGCUGAGCCCCCCGAGGGUCUGGAGGGUGUGGGUCAGGCUCUCCUGGCUGAGCCCCCAGAGGGUCUGGAGGGUGUAGGUCAGGCUGAGGCUCCCCUGGCUGAGCCCUCAGAGGGUCUGGAGGGUGUGGCUGAGGCUCCCCUGGCUGAGCCCCCCGAGGGUCUGGAGGGUGUGGGUCAGGCUCUCCUGGCUGAGCCCCCAGAGGGUCUGGAGGGUGUAGGUCAGGCUGAGGCUCCCCUGGCUGAGCCCUCAGAGGGUCUGGAGGGUGUGGCUGAGGCUCCCCUGGCUGAGCCCCCCGAGGGUCUGGAGGGUGUGGGUCAGGCUCUCCUGGCUGAGCCCCCAGAGGGUCUGGAGGGUGUAGGUCAGGCUGAGGCUCCCCUGGCUGAGCCCUCAGAGGGUCUGGAGGGUGUGGCUGAGGCUCCCCUGGCUGAGCCCCCCGAGGGUCUGGAGGGUGUGGGUCAGGCUCUCCUGGCUGAGCCCCCAGAGGGUCUGGAGGGUGUAGGUCAGGCUGAGGCUCCCCUGGCUGAGCCCUCAGAGGGUCUGGAGGGUGUGGCUGAGGCUCCCCUGGCUGAGCCCCCCGAGGGUCUGGAGGGUGUGGGUCAGGCUCUCCUGGCUGAGCCCCCAGAGGGUCUGGAGGGUGUAGGUCAGGCUGAGGCUCCCCUGGCUGAGCCCUCAGAGGGUCUGGAGGGUGUGGCUGAGGCUCCCCUGGCUGAGCCCCCCGAGGGUCUGGAGGGUGUGGGUCAGGCUCUCCUGGCUGAGCCCCCAGAGGGUCUGGAGGGUGUAGGUCAGGCUGAGGCUCCCCUGGCUGAGCCCUCAGAGGGUCUGGAGGGUGUGGCUGAGGCUCCCCUGGCUGAGCCCCCCGAGGGUCUGGAGGGUGUGGGUCAGGCUCUCCUGGCUGAGCCCCCAGAGGGUCUGGAGGGUGUAGGUCAGGCUGAGGCUCCCCUGGCUGAGCCCUCAGAGGGUCUGGAGGGUGUGGCUGAGGCUCCCCUGGCUGAGCCCCCCGAGGGUCUGGAGGGUGUGGGUCAGGCUCUCCUGGCUGAGCCCCCAGAGGGUCUGGAGGGUGUAGGUCAGGCUGAGGCUCCCCUGGCUGAGCCCUCAGAGGGUCUGGAGGGUGUGGCUGAGGCUCCCCUGGCUGAGCCCCCAGAGGGUCUGGAGUGUGUGGCUCAGGCUCCCACGAAGGCAGUGGCGCAGCAGGGUGAGCUGGGCCCAGAUGUGCUGGAGGGCCGUCCCGGGGGGCUAAGGGAAGCUCCUGGCCAGGUCCAGCUUAGUGGGCUGCCUGCCCUCCCACAGCAGAGUCUGGAGGAGGAACCCAGGGAGGAGGAGGGGAAACAGGGGGGCCAGGGCAGGCCAGGCCUCAGUUCAGAGCUGCCCUCUGAGGCUCGGGGCCUGAGGACCGGGCCCUCAGAACGCCCCCAGCGAAGUUCCCUGCCUGCCCCUCUCCCACCUGACACAGCGCAGGCUCAGGCUGAGGCAGAAGGCCCUGCUCCUGGAAGACCGUCCCCUCCAAGGGACUCUCCCCCUCGGGGGGCUCAGCCUGGGGGUGGGGCAGGGCCCCAGCCGCCCACGAACACCCUGCCCAGCAUGGAGGCUGCGCUGGAAGCCCAACCCACGCUGCCACCCACAGCCGCUCAAGCGGAGGGAGAACAAGGCCCCCCACCACCCCGUGAGCCUCGGGCAGAGAACAGGCCUGAAGACCCAGGAACAGGCUCCGGGGAGGCUGGGCUGACCCCCUCCCCAGGGGGCCCCACGGGCAGCGAGCCUCCAGCCGACCCUGAUUACAUCUACCACAUCAUCUUCCUGGGAGACUCGAACGUGGGUAAAACAUCCUUCUUGCACCUGCUGCACCAGGACACCUUCGCCUCUGGGCUGACAGCCACUGUGGGAGUGGAUUUUCGGGUCAAAAACCUGCUGGUGGACAACAAGUACUAUGCGCUGCAGCUCUGGGACACGGCUGGCCAGGAGAGGUACCACAGCAUGACGCGGCAGCUGCUCCGAAAGGCUGACGGUGUGGUGCUCAUGUAUGACGUCACAUCCCAGGAGAGCUUUGCCCACGUGCGCUACUGGCUGGACUGUCUCCAGGACGCGGGGUGUGUUGGAGUGGUCGUUCUUCUCCUGGGAAACAAGAUGGACUGUGACGAGGAGCGGCAGGUGUCCACCGAGGCUGGGCAGCAACUGGCCCAGGAGCUGGGGCUCUCCUUUGGAGAAUGCAGCGCGGCCCUGGGUCACAACAUCCUGGAGCCCAUGAUGAACCUGGCCAGGUCACUCAAGAGGCAAGAAGACCUCCUGAAGGGCUCACUGGUGGAGGUGGCCCCGGAGAGGCCGCCGAAGAAAGCUGGCUGCUGCUCCUGACCAGCUGGCCCGGCUGGGGGGGCGGCCCCCCUCGGGCUCCCUGUCCCGCCUGCCUGGACAGCAACACCGGAGGCCCAGCUCGGAAGAUCCAGAGAAUCCUCCCGGGUCAGGGUUCGGAUCCCAGGGCCAGGGCUGCACUAGCGCUGCCCUUCGCUCCCGGAAGAAGGACUUUGCUGAGCAAAUAACCUUGGGGUGGGGGACUCUUUAAAGAAAGGAAAAGUCUAGAUCAGUGGUCGGCAAACUCAUUAGUCAACAGAGCCAAAUAUCAAC